GGCUUCAGGGUAGCACUCUUGUGAGUUUCUUCAUGCAGACACGGAGACAACCACGAUGCACUACAUUGGACAUGUGCUGGGUGAAUUACGGCACGCCAGUCCACCCCCCGCUGCCCCCACGCAUCAAAUGGGCACCGUCGGUACGCAGCCACACAGAUCAACUGGCUCACAGGUAGGCAAGCAGGCAGGCAAGCGGGGAGACAAGCAGACAGGGAGGCAGGCGAAUCGACCCACAUAAACUCCAUCGUAAAUCAUGCACAGCACGAAAGAACCGAAAUAAUUCCAAAGCCGUCCGUCCCCUCCCUCUCAUGUACAAAAAUGUAUACACAGCUUGUGAUCGGCGUCGCAACAUGUGCACACGACCGACCGACCGACCGACCGGCCGAUGGAUGGAUGGACGAGACGAGUCAGGUACCGCUGCCAAGGUGCAUCCAAAUGCCAGACACGCAACACGACGUAUACAGAAAGGCGGGACGGGAAAGCCCCGACACGUACGUUAUCGAAUUACCUAUCUAUCAGCGUGCACGAUGGGUGGAUGAGUGGAUGGAUGGAUGGAUGCUGUGAAAGAAAAGCGACAGCCUCGCUGUUCGCAACUGCGAUUCGCCUACUGCCAGACGGCUUACAAAACUCCACAUCCGUACGCACAUCGCCCUGUCUUAGUCCCCUUGACCGACACCCCACAACACAACACAGGACACAUCACAAGCGCGAAAGCCCCUGCUGGCUGCCGUUCUCUCUUUGUCUGUCUCUGUGUCUUUCUGUCUACGGGAAUGCGUGUUGCCACGUCCUGCCUCUACUGCCCAGCGACCUCAGACCUCUCUUUCGCCUCUCUGAGAAAGACGGACCGGCCGCUCGCUUCAUCUCCGCCCGCACACUAACCCCCACAUCACCAUCACCCGACAGCCGGCGCUGGUACCGGUCGCACGAGAGAUGCAAAAACACAUCUCCGUCGAGAUCUAUGUAGGAGAACGGUCGCAGCAGGGCGUAAGAUCCGCAGUUGUUGACCUCAGGUGUCGUCGGAUGGGCGUGGCCCCACCACCUGAGCAUGCCGGCUGGGCGUUUCCCCACCGUCGAUGCGGCGUAGAAGAUGAGAGGGAAUCGCGUCAGCGCAUUCUGAUCUGCAAAGUCCUCCCCCCACAUGAAUCCGGUCGGGCCGAAGAUACCAUGAGAUCCGGCGGCUUCGCUCUGCGAGCCGACAGUGUGGGCGAACCCCUCCUCGGUGAAGUUGCCAUGGACCACUGAACGAGAGAGACAACGCAACGCGCCCACAGACACGUGAACGAACAAGACAAAACGGCUGUGGCUCCGUGUGCGCGUGUGUUGUCAUCAUCGUACCUUGCUCGUCGCCGGUGCCCGACCGGAUGUCGCACACGUCCCGCCAGGUGCCGGCAGUGUCCAGGUAGCGGACUAUCAUCUCGACGGCAUAGCGGCAGUGGUUGUGGAUGUACACAUGCACCGGACUCUGUAACAUACACACAAACACCAUACAAACAACACAACACACCGGUGGGGGCUGGGCUGCCACACAGGAAGCCGCGUUUCGCCCAUCCACUGACUGACCUCUAGCAGAUCCGGGGGAGUGCCAGGGCUGAAAACGAGGACCUCAGGCGCACUCGCAUUCCCCCCAGCACCAGCAGGCAGCUCGGCAGUGAGAUCGUCAGCUGACAUGGACCCACUCGUCGCCUGUGUGGUGCCAAGAGGGAUCUCACUGGUGUUGUUGGCCGGUGUCUGGUUGGCAGAUGACGGCAGCUCUGCGAUGAUGUCGUCAGCAGUGAUGGUGCCGUUGGCCUCCUCAGGUGAAGAGAAGAAGCUUGUUGUGUUGCCGACAGGGUCCGCUAGCAGGACAUCGGACACGUUGACAGGCGGCGAGGAGGUGGGGGAAGACUGACAGACAGACAGAUAGACAGACCCACAGACGCACGGUAGCAGUUGCCUGCCAUCCUCUCUCUUUCUCUCUCUCUCUCUCUCACCUCGUUGGCUGCCCGGACAGUCCAACCGACAAAGGGCUGGUAGAUAGUGGGCGUCUCCGUACGUAGCACACCACAGUUGUUGCAGUCACACACCUCCUCGCAACCUUCACAUGGCUUGCAGCACAUGCAGACCUCCUCCCAUGUCGAAUACGCGUUGAUAGCCAGCUGUCCCUCCACAUAGGCCGCUCCUGCCGUCAUGCCCCACACCUGCCCCGUUUGGUUGUGCAUGUUCUUGAGAAACGCCUCCCCCCGCGACCGCCACGUGUCUAUCGUCGUCGAGUUGCCGCCCAGGCCCUUAUCAACGAUCUGCUUCUCGAUCUGCUCUCGAAGCCACUCCAUUGUCAAGGUCUCGCAGGAGUCACAGAAGAACGUCUCUUGCACCUGCUUGUACAGGUCGUCCACCUCGACGACGUUGCUGCCCCACACCACCUGCAAACCGAAGAUGGACAAGAAAGGCAAUCACGAACGUGAUCUGCGUCACGUGCGUGCAUUUUACAUGAUUCCAGUGAUUUUCGACAAGCGCCACCAGAAGAUCCCUGCACAAAAGAGGACCAACGUGUGCCGUGCAGCUGAUUCGACGUCCUUCCUCGCCCGCAUCACCUGUUUGAGGCAGAAACCUGCGCACAAGAGGGCGGCGCCAACAGGCACCAGAUCAGGGCAAGGAUCAGGGCAGUACGAGCGUACCUCAUCCUCUUUUCUCUCUGUGUCUGUGUUAAAUGUUUU